AUGUUAAAACUCAUUUCCGAUGAUAAAACGUAUAGUUUACUCAACAAAGAUCCGACUACCGGUUUUGAAAAAGCCAACAAUCGAAUAAUAAAACGACUGGCAGAUUUAAAUCUGAUCGACAAGGUAAUGAAGCACAGGCUGACAGCGAAUAAUUCGAUUUGCCCUAGGAUUUACGGACUUCCCAAAGCUCACAAACCAGAGUUACCACUACGACCGGUUGUCCCAAACAUCACUGCUCCUUCCUACAAUUUGUCGAAGUUUAUAGGCAAAAUAAUCCAAAAUUCCAUUAAGAGCUCUUACAAUAUCAUGAACUCUUUCGAAUUUUGUGAUUUUAUCGGCACCAUGACACUUCCUGAAGAUUACAUUCUUAUUUCACUAGAUGUAGUGUCUUUAUUUACAUGCAUCCCAAAGGAUCUUGUGCUACAUGAUAUUAUCUACAACUGGGAUGACAUUCGGGAUAAUGCCAACAAUAUAAAUUUAGACCUUUUCCUGGAAAUUGUAGAGUUCUGUUUCGACUGCAGUUUCUUCAGGUUCGACAACAAAUUCUACAAGCAAAUAUUUGGAACGGCCAUGGGAAACCCCUUAUCUCCAAUACUAGCAGAUCUAGUUAUGGAAGGUCUACUAAAGAAUGUGGUACCGAGUUUGGACUUUACUCUGCCUUUCAUAAAUAAAUAUGUAGAUGAUCUCAUCACAGCUAUUCCACCAUCCAAGCUGGAUUACGUCGUUGAGAAGUUCAACAGUUAUAAUCAACAUAUACAAUUCACGUGUGAAAAGGAAAUGAACAGGAAGAUACCGUUUCUCGACAUGCUUCUCACACGACAAGAAGAUCAGACAAUAAUAACAAGCUGGUAUCAAAAACCGAUCGCUAGUGGCCGCUUUUUGGAUUAUUUGUCAAUUCAUCCACUUCACCAGAAAAUUAACGUCGCGAAAAACUUCAUCAGUCGUGUUGAUCGACUAUCUCCGAAAGUAGAUGAGAAAACCAAAAUCGAACUAAUGGAUUCUCAUCUCAAACUAAACAAUUAUCCUGUUUCACUGCGACAUAGGUUAAUUAACAGUCGAAAAUGUAAAAAGACAGUGGAUUUGAUUGAAACUGAGCAAUGCAAAUACAAAUCCAUCUCAUACAUUCCUGGAUUAACCGACAAAAUCGGAAAAUUCCUAAAAACAGACUAUUCAUCGAUUAAGUUAGCUACGAAAACGAUUUCUAAAAUAAAGCAGAUUUUUACGAAAGUAAAGGAUCCGGUACACCAGGACGAUUUUUCAAACGUCGUUUACUCGAUUCCUUGCAAUGACUGCGAUUCUCAAUACAUUGGAAUGACAACAAAUACACUUAAGGAACGGAUUGGCGGACACAAAUCGAAUAAAAAGGCGUUAGACAAACUGCGGAGCGAAGGAGUGGAUAAAGAGGACCCGCGAAUGGCAAAUUUAAAUGGACAAACUGCAUUACUUCAUCACAGCAUAAAACACGAUCACUCUUUUGAUUUGAACGGCACGAGGAUAAUUGAUCGUCACAAUUUCACUUCCGGUCUACAAACAUUAGAAAUGUGUCACAUCGCGAGGAAUGGCAACACGGUCAAUAAGAAGACUGAUACUGAAGGGCUCAGUGUCAUCUACGCCGGCAUUUUCAACUCCAUCAAAAACAAACCAAAACACACCAAUACACAUAAUAAUACACCAAACAUACAAAAUACAACAAACACACAAAAUACAACAAACAUCAGUAGUGGCUAA